AUGAGAGUGAUUGUGCUUGCCCUGACCUUGGCCUUCGUGGCUGCUCAGCCCCAAAACUAUGCUCCUGAUUUUGCUGCCGGUAAGACUUAUGUCUACAAAUAUGAGACACUGCUCCUGGGCGGUCUUCCGGAUCAAGGUUUGGCAAGAGCCGGACUCAAAAUCAGCAGCAAAGUUCUCCUCAGUGCAGCAGGUCAAAAUACAUUCAUGCUGAAGCUUGCUGAACCAGAGAUCGCUGAGUUCAGUGGUGUCUGGCCCAAGGAUCUUUUAGUCCCAGCACCAAAGGUGACCGCAGCCCUGGCCGCUCAGCUCUCGACUCCCGUCAAGUUUGAGUAUGCCAAUGGUGUUGUUGGAAAAAUCUUUGCCCCUGAGGGAAUCUCAACAAUGGUGCUGAACGUCUACAGAGGUAUCCUGAAUGUUCUUCAGCUCAACAUCAAGAGGACACAGAAUGUCUAUGAGAUGCAGGAGGCUGGAACUCAGGGUGUGUGCAAGACCCUUUAUGCCAUCAGUGAAGACGAAAAGUCUGAACGCAUCCAUUUGUCAAAGACCAGGGACCUGAACCACUGUAAGGAGAGGGUGAUGAUGGAUAUAGGAUUGGCAUACACUGAGAAAUGUGUAAAGUGUCAGCAGGAUUCAAAGAACCUGAGAGGAGCUACAGCAUACAAUUACGUCUUGAAGCCAGUUGCUAACGGCACCCUGAUCCUGGAGGCAACAGUCAAUGAAGUGAUCCAGUUCUCACCUUUCACUGAAAUGAAUGGAGCUGCUCAGAUGGAGACAAAGCAAUCCUUGAUCUUCCUUGAGAUUCAGAGAGCCCCUAUUGUAGCCCUCGCGGUUCAGUAUCUUCCCUGUGGAUCUCUCAAGUACGAGUUCUCCAAUGAGCUUCUUCAGACACCCAUUCAGCUCAUCAAGAUCACCAACGUCAAGGCUCAGAUUGUGGAAGCUCUGAAUCAUCUGGUUGCCCACAACGUUGAGAGAGUCCAUGAAGAUGCACCUCUGAAGUUUUUGGAACUCAUUCAGCUCCUCCGUAAUGCACCUUUUGCAGACCUGGAAAUACUCUAUAGCCAAUACAGAACCAAACCUGCCUACAGACAGUGGGUCAUGGAUGCAAUCCCUGCCACUGGAACUCCUGCCGCUCUGAAAUUCAUCAAGGAUAAAUACAUAACUGGUGACUUGUCUGUUGCUGAAACUGCUCAGGCUUUGAUUGCAUCUGUUCACAUGGUGACAGCAAACACUGAGGCCAUCAAGAUCAUCCAGGCAAUGACAGUCAACAAGAAGAUAGUGGAAAACCCAAUUCUGCGUGAGAUCGUCUUCCUUGGAUAUGGUACCAUGAUUGCAAAAUACUGUGUUGAGAUGGCUGUCUGCCCUGCUGAACUUAUUAAGCCCAUCCAAGAGCUCCUUACAGAGGCUGUUACUAAAAAUGAGAUCCAGGACAUCAUCCUGCUCCUGAAGGUUUUGGGAAACGCUGCCCAUCCUACUAGCCUUAAGUCCAUCACAAAGGUCCUGCCCAUUCAUGGCACUGCAGCUACAUCUCUGCCCAUGAGAGUCCACGCUGAUGCCAUCCUGGCCCUGAGGAACAUUGCAAAGAAGGAGCCUAGAGCGGUUCAAGAAUUGGCCAUUCAGCUUUACAUGGACAAGGCUCUUCACCCAGAGCUUCGUAUGCUUGCAUGCAUUGUGCUGUUUGAGACAAGGCCUCCAAUGGGUUUGGUGACAACUCUUGCCAAUAUUGUGAAGACAGAGCAGAAUCUGCAAGUGGCAAGCUUCACUUAUUCUCACAUGAAGUCCCUGACGAGGAGCACUAUCCAUGCCACAGUUGCUGCAGCUUGCAACGUCGCCAUGAAGCUCUUGAGCCCAAGGCUAAACAGACUGAGCCUAUGUUUCAGCAAAUCCAUCUACAUGGAUGUCUAUAACAAUCCCUUAAUGCUUGGUGCUGCUGCCAGCGCUUUCUACAUCAAUGAUGCUGCCACCAUUCUGCCCAGAUCCUUGAUGGCUAAAACCACUGCCUACCUUGCUGGAGCUUCUGCUGAUAUUCUGGAGGUUAGAGUUAGAACUGAGGGACUCCAGGAGGUUCUUCUGAAAAACCCUGAACUCGUUGACAAUGUUGACAGGAUCACCAAGAUGAAGCGUGUUAUUAAGGCUCUUUCUCAGUGGAAGGCUCAGCCCAACAGUGCACCUCUGGCAUCCGUCUAUGUCAAAUUCUUCGGACAAGAAAUUGCCUUCGCCAACAUCGACAAAGUUUUGAUUGACAAGGCCAUUGCGCUUGCCAAUGCACCCUCUAUGAAGGAAUUGGGUAUGAACGCUCUCAAGGCUCUGCUGGCUGGUACUUCCAUGAACUUCGCUAAGCCCCUGCUUGUCACUGAAGUGAGGCGUAUCCUGCCAACUUCUGCAGGUCUUCCAAUGGAGCUCAGUCUUUACACCGCUGUCGUGGCUGCUGCAUCUGUUCAAGUCAAGGCCAUCACAACACCAGCUCUGCCAGAAAACUUCCAUCUUGCUCACCUUCUGAAGACUGACAUACAGCUUGAGACUGAGGUCAAACCAAGCAUUGCUUUGAACACAUUUGCUGUGAUGGGAAUAAACGCCCUCUUACUCCAGGCUAAUGUGAUGUCCAGAGCUAAACUCAACUCCAUUCUCCCAGCCAAAAUCACCGCAAGACUCAACCUCACCGAGGGCCAAUUUAUGAUUAAAGCUCUGCCCGUUUCUGUGCCUGAAAACAUUGCAACUCUUCAAGUUGAGGCUUUAGCUGUGUUAAGAAAUAUGGAGGAUCAUGCUGCUGAAAGAAUCAUCCCCAUCAUCCCUGCCAAACUCUUGCCGCCCGUUUCUAAGCGUGUUUCAUCUGCUUCUGCUAGUUUGUCAAAGUCUUCAGAGAUCCUUAGCCAGGAGGUCGAACCCCCCUUCAUUACACCCAAAGCAGUGCAGUUUGAGAAGAAGUAUUGUGCUAAAGCUGUUGCCCUUGGAGUGAAGGGAUGUUUGAGGGUUGCCACUGAGAAUGCUGCUUCCCUCCAGGCUGCUAUUUUGUACAAACUGGUUGGAAAGCACUCUGCUGCUCUCUCCUUAAAACCAAUUGAAGGAGAGGCCAUUGAGCGAGUGGAACUUAAGGUUCAGAUUGGACCAAAGGCUGCAGACAUGCUUGUUAAACAGAUCAACCUGAGUGAAGACAUUCUUGAAGAACAAUCACUUAUGAUGAAGCUGAAGAAACUCCUGGUCCCUGGUCAGAAGGUCAAAUCAUCUUCCUCUUCUAGCUCCAGCUCCUCCUCUCGUGUUACAUCAGCUGAUCCAGCCAAUAGAUUUGGCAGCAGCAACAGCAGCAGCAGCAGGGCCUCCAAAUCUGUGAGCAAAACCAGCUCGGCAUCUAACCUUGCAUCACUCUUUAGUGCUAGCUCAAGCUCCUCCAGCUCCAGUGCUCUUAUCUCAAAGCGACUGAUUGCUCGCAAGUUCCAGAAGAACCACAAGUUGCAGACUCUCAAAUCUCAAGCAUCUGCCGUUUCCACAAGCAGAAGCAGUGCCUCAAGCUUUGAGGCCAUCACCACACAGAACAAAUCCCUUGCCAAACAUCUUGCUCCUAUCUUUGCAAUCAUCGCCCAUGUCAUCAAAGUCGACAAGAGGGAGAUUGGAUACGAACUGGCAGGCUACUUGGACAGACCUACCUCCAGACUUCAGAUUGUUCUGGCUGCCUUGGCUGCCGAUGACAACUGGAAGCUCUGUGCUGAUGGAGUUCUUCUUAGCAAACACAAAGCCACAGCUAAAAUCGGCUGGGGAGCACAAUGCAAGCAGUACAACACAACGAUCACAGCCGAGACAGGUCUUCUUGGAAAAAGCCCUGCAGCUCGCCUCAGAGCGACCUGGAAAGAACUGCCUUCUGCCCUUAAACGCUAUGCAAAGAAGGUUUAUAACUACAUUCCUGCACCAGCUGGCGUGAUCAAAGGAAAGGAUGAAACGAGCGUCAAUCAGCUAUCCUUAACAGUGGUUGCCACAUCUUCCAAAACUAUUGAACUCAUUUUGAAAGCACCAACAUGUACUGUCUAUAAGCUGGACCUGCAUCUUCCAAUGGCUCUGCCACUUGAAAAAAUCAAGGAUCUUACCCCCUUCGAUGAGGUUAUUGAUAAUGUCAACUACAUCCUUGCCGAGGCUGGCACAGCAGCUGAAUGUAGCUUUGCCAACAACGUAUUGACCACAUUCAACAACAAAAGAUACAAGAACGAGAUGCCCCAGUCUUGCUACCAAGUUCUGGCACAGGAUUGUACCAAAGAGCUUAAAUUCAUGGUUCUGCUGAAGAAGGAUAAUGUUGAACAGAACUACAUCAACGUGAAAAUCGCUGAUAUCGAUAUUGACCUGUACCAUAAGAACAGUGAAGUGAUUGUGAAGGUCAAUGGAAUGGAAAUACCCAACAACAACCUGCCAUACAAGCAUCCCACAGCUCCAAUCCAGAUCAAGCAUAAGGAUGAAGGUAUCUCUGUGUUCGCUCCCAGUCUUGGUCUACAUGAAGUCUACUUUAGCAAGAACUCAUGGAAGAUUAAAGUUGUGGACUGGAUGAAGGGACAGACCUGUGGACUUUGUGGAAAGUCUGACGGAGAAAUCAGACAGGAGUACCGCACACCCAACGGACGCUUGACAAAGAGCGCAGUCAGCUUCGCUCAUUCCUGGGUUCUCGCAGCCGAGAGCUGCGGGGACACCAACGAGUGCCGCAUGAAGCUUGAAUCUGUGCAGCUGGAAAGUCAGAUAAACAUCCAUGGCCAGGAAUCUAAAUGCUUCUCUGUUGAUCCUGUGCUGCGCUGCCUGCCCGGCUGCUUCCCUGUGAAGUCCACCUCUGUCACUGUUGGCUACCACUGCCUGCCUGCUGAUGCUGCCCAGAAUUGCCCCGAGAAUAUCUAUGAUAAGAGCGUGGACCUGAGGGAAACAGCAGAAGCCCACCUCGCCUGCAGCUGCACUGCUCAGUGUGCUUAAUAAUAUUAACUUCUUUCAAUAACUUGCAUUAUGUUUUGAAUAAAAUUCAUUUCAAAGAAAA